UUAAUAGAUUUACAUCAUGCAUGAGCCUGACAUAGCUAGUUACGCGCUUCACUAUACUGUUCAAUUACCUGUUAAUAAAAGGGUUAUAUUUAGUAAUAAUAAUGUGAUCUUGAUGUGCAUGUACUCAAUAUUGUCAAUUAGUACACACUGGACCCGCGCAUGAACCUUUCAAAAUGGAAUAAUUUACAUGUCUCUACUGGUUCAAGCCGUUCUCUUCUUGACUUGAAUGCCAAGGCCACCUGUUCUGUUUUUGCUUUACUUGUCAUCGCGUGAAUAAUUAAACGCUGAACAAUCGAUUUGUGACUGAACGUCUCUUACGCCUAUUCUCGUUUUAUAAAACAUCCUACAAUGUGAAGGCUUUGUAUAUUUCAACGCGAGGAUGGGACAGAGUCAGUCUUCGGAUAGCGGAGGGAACGCAUGUCUCGCCAAAUCCGAGGAAACAACACUGGAAUGCGUUGUUAAAUCUAAGGAAUCUGAUCGUUCAACGGUUGAGGAGAAAUUAAAAGAAGUCAUAUGUAAAACUGUCGUGAAUAUCCCCUUAACUGAAGGCAAACCUGGUAACGAGGCAAUUGAAACCAACCUUGCACCCGAAUCAAGUUCCUCGUGUGUAGAUACUGAUGGAAAAUUACUUGUAAAAAUUAUUAGGGCUUCAGGUCUCACAGGGAUAGAUAAAGCAGACGUACCCGAUGCAUACUGUGUUCUUGGCAGUAAAGGAACCACAGAAAAGAAAAAGACGAAAACAAUAAAAGGAACAAAAGAUCCAGUCUGGAAUGAAUCUCAUGUCAUAGAUAUGAGUGAAAAGACAAAGGAAAUAGUAUUUGAUAUCUUCAAUGAACAAAAAACGUCAGAAGAAGAAGGUUUUCUUGGUCAAGUUAUAGUUCCUCUAGGAAUGAUUGGUAAAGAUCAGUCUUGUCGACUUAUCUUACCCGUACUUCCUACGUCGUCAAAGAAUAGCUAUGUCGGAGGACAAAUACAUCUAGAGUUUACGUACGACAAGGAUGGAAAAGCGUUCGAGACGUCGACAGAGGCAGCAUCAUCUAAACCCAAUGUUACUUCAGAACAGAAAAAGGAGUCUGAUCUACCAAAGGCAAAGGUUGAGGAAGUUCGCCCCAGUUCUCCACAAAGGCUCGUGUUUAGUAUGGCUACGUUGGAUAUUAUUGAUGAUGACGAUGAUAAACUGGAGUUCUUGCCGCUAUUGGAUCAUGGAAUAGGCCGUGAGGAUAUAGUGGAAGCUGAACACAAGAUCUCGGAACGUUCCAAGCACGGCGGUUACGAAACCGACCCAGUGCUAAUUGAAGAGAACAAAAAACAUCAAGAAAUGUUUCAAGAAUUAAUUGAGCUGGACGAGCAAACGGCAUUACAAGACGGUUCUAAGAUACAACAAAAUCAGGUAAAGAAUGAACCAGCAAAAACGUCACAGCAAAGAUCUCCUCCUCAGCAAUCUCUUACAACUACCUCGCCAGUACAAGUAUCUGUCACUCUUCCCUCUCCGGAUGAGCCGCAGAAAGUUGGGACAGGUGAGAAGCCAGAAGAGGCUAAGCCGUCCACGGAUGCGACUGAGGGGGCUCCGUCAAAACAGGACAAAAUGAAAGAACCACUAACACUCGAUGAAAGCCUAAUGGAAGAUCUAACGCCGAACACAAAAAGGAAAGUAUUUCGGAAAGCGUUCAGCAUGAGAAUUCGACGCGAUCAGGAACCACCAAGCGAGAGAAUCGAAACGAAUGUGCAACAGAGUAGGAGUUCAGGAGUGGAGAAACGACAUUCUUUCAGUGGCGGUGAGAAAGUACAGCCAAUAACAAAAUCAGGUAGUGAUGUCUCCCUUAAUAGUCUGUACGACUCGGCGAAAUCUGUUUUGGUUGUUGAGACGAGAGACAGAGGAAAAAUUAAGUAUUAUCAAAUUCCAUCAUUGAUGGCGAGGAGAGGAACGUUUGAUCAUAAAGGAUGUAAACUGCAUAUUUGCAAUGACCAUCUCUUCGUGGCAACCCACUUCACAGGAACGUUGCCUUCUUGCGCUGUUUGCAGUUUGCCGUUGACAGGUUACUUCGGAAAACAAGGCUACGAAUGUCGAGACUGUCACAUGAUUACGCACAAACGUUGUCAUUAUGAAACGACUGAUGUGUGUGCGCAGAGUACCUUAUCUUCCCUAAAAAUUAAAAAAGCGCCAUCCAUACAUGGAUACAAAUAAACUGUAAUCGUACGAUGUGCAUUGUCUUGGAAGACCAUCUGGUGUGAGCCUGUGAAUUAGAUUAGGGCUUUCAAAGAGAGAAAGACACAAUUUGUAGGCGUGAUGAAUAUGGGGAGUAAUGGCAAUGCAACUUGGUAAACUAACAAUUGAACUGCACAAUUCCAUCAGGAGUUUUGGAAAAUAUGAACGGAAGUUUUUAGUUAAAACUGAGUUGGAAAAUAUCUCUAAAGUCUAAACAACGUUAUACUAGUUUAGUUAAUCUUCCAUUGGAGUUUUUCAAAUUAACUAGCCAUAUUAGGUGGCAGAGGAGGGCCAUCUUUUAUUACAUAGCUCUUCUGAAUUUCAUUUUUGUGCCAGGAUUGAUAUUUGGAUUAAAUUAGAUCAUGUGGCUAUACUACACAUUUCGUAAUAUAGGUACAUGGAGAACAUACCCUGGUAGGGUAGUGAAUCCGAUUUGUCAGUUGUGUAGACUUUUGGACUGAAAUAAAGAUCAAAUAUUUAUUGUUUA